AUGUCGCGGGGGCUUCCGUCUAGGACGCGCGACGGAAAAACGCCCAAAGGUGGCACGAUCACGUCCCGCAAACACCGGUUUGAGACCUUCUCGCAGCGAAUCCAGAAGUUCAAGGUUGAGCCCGUUCGCCGCGGUCGUAGCACCAUUCUCGACGAUGCAGAACUCGACACGUCCUUCUCAUACUUCAAGAACUCGCUCGAUGAGUGGAAAGACCUGAAUAUUUCCGAGAACUUCAUUGCCUUUGCUCGCCAGGUGGCCCCGCUCGCCGAAAGCCUGCCUCAAAUCCUCCACCAUGAUAGCCGUAUCCUUGACUUGCUUAUACAGUACAUCGAGAAGGGUGACAAAUGGAGCGAGGAGCCGCUACUCAGUCUCAUGGCCCACUUUGCGCAUGAUCUGGGUGUUCGAUUCGAAAAGCACUUCGAAAGAGUUGUAAAAACGGUGUCGCAGCUGGCUGCGAGGAACCCGGAUGUGGAGGUCAUAGAGUGGAGUUUUACCUGCCUGGCGUGGCUGUUCAAAUAUCUGUCGCGUCUCCUGGUUCCGGACCUGCGCCCUGUGUUUGACCUCAUGGCCCCUCUGCUCGGUGCGGAGCAUCAGAAACCGUUUGUAACGAGAUUUGCCGCCGAAUCUAUCAGCUUCCUCGUGAGGAAAGCAGGAGCAGGCUAUCAUCGGGAUAAGGGGCCACUCAGGACCAUACUGAGGCACAUAUCCACGCGUCUGAACGAGCUGCAGGGUAGUGGAAAGGACUCCGAGUUCCAGCAGGGGUUGAUGGCGCUCUUCGCCGACUCCAUGAAGGGUAUUCAGCUCGGACUGCACUCCAGUGCUCCCGCUAUCCUCACAGAGAUGCUUUUCCAGACUUACGCUGAGGAAUACGCCGCACUCCGUCAUCCCCCCCUUGAGCCUGUCCUGAUCGGUACUAUCACCUCCUUGAUGCAUCAGUCUGAUGCGGAGAACUUUGCCCCUGCACUGGAGAUCAUCCUCGACCAAGCAAACUUGAACGCUUCAGAUCUGCGGCAUACGGGGCUUUCAGCGCGGCUGAUCUUUGUCGCGUGCGGCGUGAGAAAAGGAACCCGCGUUCAGCAGUGGAAGCCGGUUUUCAAGACAUUGCAGGCCCUCAUUGAAUCUGUCCCCAGCUCCCCCAGUGCAGAUGCUUCAGACCGGAGCCAUGUGCUCUCGGCAUCGGCCAUGAUUUUUCAGUAUUGCUCCCUGGAUAUGGCUAUUCCUCACGUACAGCUCCUGGAGGAGUUCACUCGCGGGCCAUGGGAGAGCAUGUUUCUUCCAUUCUGUGACGUCUUCGCGAGGAUUGGCGCUGAACGAUUCAAUGAGCUCCUCCUCCCUUAUUUCAAGAGAUUCAUUGCGCAAAAAGCGGCAGACCAUGCCACCGAAUUUUGGUGCACUGACAUCGUAUCUCGGUUCAAGGCCUUGAAGGAAUCCCUGGGCGCUGUUGAUGGGGCGGACGACUACACCGCCAUUUCGUACGAAUGCAACGCUCUUCUCCAGGCGUCUGAGAUCAUCGAUUUUCCUUCCGAGUUUCGAAAGGAGAUCGGCCAAUUUCUCCUUCGAAACCUCCAAAGUGCGGUUAAUGUCGGGAAUGUCAACCACAUUGGACCUCGUGAGGUACUGGCCACCGGGAGCGGGUUGCACUUCCUAAUCCACCAUAGCCAGCUCAUGGACGAAGUUUCCAAACUCUGGCCUCAAUUAUGCGAGGCCUCACCUGUCUACGGUCAUUCCCUCCUGUUUUGGCAAGCUCUGCUCUCCAUUGCAGAAAUCCAGAAAACCUCUCUUCACCUUACGGGUUCCGCUCGCGACGCGUUGUACCAAACACUCAUGCGCUGCCUGAGUUCUCCAUCGCACGAUAUGCGGCUUGCUGCGCUUGGGGUUCUGGAACUUGUGGCUGGGAAAGCUGAAGAAGUGCAGAGCCUUAUCGCAAUGGCGAUGAUGAUUGAGCAAACACCACUAAACCUGGAAAAUGCGCGGUCUAUCUCCAUGCGCAUCAGACAGCUUGAAAAGAGCUACCCAGGAGCGUGCAGUGAUGAGUGGGCUGGCGAAGCUAUCCCCAGCUUUUGUUUCGGCCUUCUUCAUGUCAAGUUCGCCCAGAUCAGAGACGAUGCUUGUGCAGCGUUGAAAGCGAUGUGUGAAACGAAAGAAGGCGAAGCACACGUUUCUCGCAUUGCCUUUGAGUGGCUCAACAACCCUAUCGAUCCAAUACAGAAUCCACCAGUGGAAGAAGGAAUCUCAAAAGAACGGCGAUACGCGAACCCCUUUCAAUGUACAAACAUCCUGCAUUUAGAAGAGAUCAUUGGUGAGAGUCGAGCAGCAACCGAGGACCCCAGCGAAAGGCUUAAGUUUUUGUUCGAAAUGCGCCACAUUCAGAUUCCUUUCAUCACCUCUUUCAAUAGAACGCAAGCUCUCACCUUGCUAAAUACGGUUCCCCAAGUUGCCGAGAAGCGCGCCCGUGUCUUGGUUCCCAUUCUUCUGCGCUGGGCCCUUGAUGAACCCGCAACGGCUGAGUUGUGGGAUACUCAUGGCGAGGCAUCUGAGGGUGUCGAAUCUCGCUGGGCUAGGAGCGACCAGAAAGCACUACUCGCCUUGUUCGCCAAAUUUGUCAAUCCGAAAGUACUGUUUCGGUCGGAAGACGUCUACGCCGCUCUACUUGUGCUGUUGACCAACGGCGAUGUGGAGAUCCAGAGAUCCGCUCUCAAAGCCAUUUUGACCUGGAAAAAUCCCGCUAUCACUCUUUACCAAGAAAAUCUCUUCAACUUGCUUGAUGAUGCUCGCUUCAGGGAGGAGAUAUCCGUCUUCAUGGAUGUUGGUGAUGAGAAUAGUCAACUACGCCCUGAGCAUCGGGAUCAGCUGAUGCCCGUGAUCUUGAGGCUGCUGUACGGGAAAGUAAUCAGCGGGAGAAGAGGUCAAGAGUCGAAGCGGAAGGCCGUCUUCAUCGCACUCACUCGGUUCGAGGAGACUGCCAUCCGACAAUUUCUCAGUAUAUCGCUGGGCUCAAUCAAUGGCAUCUCUAUCCUCGCUGAUGGCCAUGUCAGCAAGAAUUUGGGAACGGCAUCGACAGCAAACGACUCGGAUGAUCCUGCUGGUCAAACCAAUCAGUUCUCUCUGUACAGGACUAUUCGUCAGCGCGCAUUCCAUUCACUGAACAUCCUUUUCGAAAGCAACCCGGAGUUUGAUUGGGAAUCCUAUGCGGCAGUGAUUGUCGAAGAGCUCGUAGUACCCAGGUUGGAUCAAUUCCCGAUCGAAACUGCCCAGUCCGUGUCGGGGCUUCUUCGCCUCUUUGCAGCAUGGGCCAAGUCCCUUUCGACGGCAACUUUCCUCGUCCAAUACAAUCCGGAUAUUCUAGUCAAGAUUGUCGAAUGCCUGACAGUGCCGUCUGCGAAAGACGAAGUAAAGAUCUAUGUUCUCGACAAUGUUAUUCGGAGCCUGAUAGCGGUGGCGUCGCCUGAUGAAAACAUCUCCACUCGAGAGAAGAUGGAGAGGAACCGGGUUCAAUCUAGUAUUAUUCAGCCGUACGCAAGCACAAUUCUUGCUGGUGUCGGUGACAUUCUGCGGAGGAGCCCCAGCAAGGAACUGCUGGAAUCUGGCGUCAAUGCGGUUGCCGAGCUCGCUCCGCGGGUCGUUGGCUCCGCAGAGUCUCGCAGCAUGCUUGAGAUCUCGACUUUCCUCUUGAAGCAGCCCUCCAAGCGGGUCACGCCGCACACAAAGCUAGGGCUGCUCAAAAUCCUACAUGCUUUCAUCCCGCGAUGCGGGUCUGAAGACGUCGACGACCUCUUUGAUGACCUCUUCACCGCCACCUGUUCGUUGUUCUCCUACUUUCGAGACACACCAAGCAGGGCAGUCCUUUGCGACAUCGUGCAGGAUCUCUCCGAAUACCGCAGCGAACUCCAGGAAGUUGCAAAACUCUGCCACGACUUGAACUCCGUCUCAGCGACCAGGCUGGAUGAACCGGAUUUCGAUCGCCGAUCAAGUGCAUUCAGCGCGAUCACUCAAGGCAGGAGCGUUCCUUUCUCGCUGACCCAAUGGAAGCCACUCAUUUAUAAUAUGUUAUAUUAUAUCAAAGAUAACGAAGAGCUCAGUAUACGGGCCAACGCUUCUCUAUCGCUCCGCCGUUUCACCGAUGCGUCUGUGGGUGACGAAAGUUUCAAGAGCUUCAUCUCGAAUACGCUUCUACCUGGUCUGCGAAACGGUGUGCGCGAGCCCUCGGAGUUAGUUCGGAUAGAGUAUCUGGCUGUCCUCGCUCAUCUCGUCAAGAAACACUCUGAAUGGCCCGCGAUUGCUGAUAUGCAUGUACUUCUUGGUGCGGAUGAGGAGACUUCCUUCUUCGAAAACAUUCUGCAUAUUCAAGGUCACCGCAGGCUUAGGGCUUUGCGAAGACUCGCCUCACAUGCCGGUGAACUUCAGCCGGGCAAUAUCUACCAUAUCCUUUUACCACUCUUGGAACAUUUCAUCUUCAACAAGGCCGAGGACGAAAGUGCACAUAAUCUUGCGGGAGAGGCUAUUCGUACAGUUACAGCACUGUCGCAAUGGAUCGAAUGGCCUCAAUUCCGAUCCAUGCUGAUGAGGUUUGUAGGCUAUCUGACGUCCAAAGAAGAUAUGCAGAAGACUAUAAUCAAGCUUCUCGCAGGUAUGCUGGACAGCCUGAACGAAGCCGGACGAGCGAAGGGUUAUGCCACUGCUAAAUCGUCUGAGACACACUCAGGCGAACAAGUGGAGCCUGAGGAAGCCGAUGCCAUGGACGUCGACAAGCCCGUUUCUAUGCUAGCCAGGACUCUUCCACAGCAGGAGAAACUUGCCAGCGAUAUCAUCGGUAACGUCCUUCCUCCACUAACAGACUAUCUGCACAACAAAGACGAAUCCACAGUCAGCCUUCGAGUGCCCGUAGCUGUUGCGGUCACCAAGGUUCUCCUUGUACUGCCUGCUCAGGAACUCGACAGCCGCCUCCCGUCGGUCUUGCUGGAUAUCUGCCAUAUUCUCAAGAGCCGCUCCCAAGAUGGCAGGGAUAUGUCGAGGAAUACACUCGCAGAAAUCGCCGUGUUGACCGGUCCGACCUACCUUGGAUUCAUCCUGAAGUCUCUUCGAGUUGCCCUUCAGCGUGGCUACCAGUUGCAUGUUCUCUCCUUUACGGUUCACCAUAUCCUCGUCAAGAUGGCGCCAGAGAUGAAACCUGGCGAUAUUGAUUAUUGUCUAUCCGAGAUCGUCGAUAUCAUUAUGGAUGAUAUUUUUGGCGUUACAGGUCAAGAAAAGGAUGCUGAAGAGUAUAUCAGUAAAAUGAAGGAGGUUAAGAGCAGUAAGAGCUACGACUCGAUGGACCUCAUCGCGCGUACUGCGACGCCUGGCCACUUCUUUGACCUUGUUCACCCAGUCAAAGCUCUCCUUCUUGAGCAACUCAAUGCACGGAUGGUGAAUAAGGUCGAUGAAUUGCUCCGGCGCAUUGGACUAGGCAUACUCCAAAACCCGGCUGUGAAGGACAGGGAUAUCUUGGUCUUUUGCUAUGAACUGAUGCAAGAUGUCUACAGGACGACGCCGGAGGCGCCGAAAUCCAAGGAUGAGGAUCGAAAACUCAGAAGAUACCUGGUCAACAUGAAAGGGCCGGCCAAAUCAGGGGCUCGGGGUUCGACUUCUUCAUACAUAUACAAGAUCACCCGGUUCAGUUUGGACAUGCUUCGCAGUGUCUUGCGGAAGCACGAAGAACUUCAAACUCCGCAAAAUCUGGCCGGUUUCAUGCCAAUAUUGGGCGAUGCUCUGGUGCAGGGUCAGGAAGAGGUCCAGAUCUCAGCAAUCCGUCUUCUCACCAGUAUUAUCAGGGUACCCCUGCCUGAUUUGGAUAGGGAUUGUCCGGUCUAUAUCUCUCAAGCUGUUCAGACCAUCAAAAAUGCACCGUCAACCAAUUCCGAACUCGCUCAAGCUUCACUGAAACUGAUCUCUGCAAUCCUUCGCGAUCGACCGAAUGUCACCGUCAAGGAACGGGACCUUGGAGUACUCUUGAAGAGUCUGCUUCCGGAUCUUGAUGAACCCGACCGUCAGGGUGUUACCUUUGGUUUCUUGAAAGCGAUCAUGAAUCGCAAAAUCGUGAUCACAGAAAUCUACGAAGUCAUGGAUAAAGUAGCGACAAUGAUGGUCACUAACCAAACGAAAUCCGCCCGUGACCUGUCCCGAAGCAGCUACUUCCACUUCCUGAUGGAGUAUCCCCAAGCUAAGGCUCGGUUCACCAAACAGAUCGAAUUCUUAAUCCGUAAUCUGCGCUAUGAUUACGUCGAGGGAAGACAGUCGGUCAUGGAAGCGUUGAACCUGAUCCUGACCAAGGUGGGAGAUGAUGUUUUGCAGGACGUCCUAGUGAUGAUGUUCAUCCCUCUGAUCCACUCAAUGGCGAAUGACGACUCCAGCGACUGUCGAACCAUGGCAGGCGCCCUCGUGUCAAAGGUCUUUGAGCGCGCAGAUUCGCAGCGAUUGAAGAGCUUUACCGCUGACCUCAAAGGAUGGCUCGAGCAAGAUGAGGAUACCGGCCUAAAGCGGCUCGGCAUUCAAUGCUGGGGUCUCUAUCUGGAGGCGACGGAGGCUAAACCGAAGGAUGUUGCAUUUGUUCUUGAACAAACCAAAUCUGCUGUCGACUUCGGUCUCGGUCGGCGGGAGCAAGACGACUGGGAAUUGAUCUACUAUUCCCUCACGGUGUUCUCUAAGUUGUGCAAGGCUUCGCCGGACGUCACUCUCUCUUCUACGCGGAAGAGUUUCUGGUCCGCGAUCUUCGCAUGCGUUUCCUACCCUCACGCAUGGGUCAAGCUUACGGCUGCCAAACUUGUGGGGACCUUCUUCGCUGACGUAGCGAGCACUAAUGCCGAGACUGGACUCGCAGCUUUACCUUUGGUAGGGUCGAAGGGUUUGAAGUUGAGUGAAGAGAACAUGAUACAGCUUACGAACGCGUUGCUCAAGAACUUGUCGAUACCAGACGUCACAGAGGACUUGUGUGCUCAAAGCGUCCGCAAUCUGGCCUUUCUUGCGAGGUGCUUCGCAGUCAAUGGUGCGAAGUGGGAUUGGCACAAGUUGGACGGCGACGAAGAGGUGGAGGACAUCAUGGACGGCGAUCCGCAAGACACAGUCAAUGGAGAUGGCUUUUCAUCCGAAGAAGAGUGGGGUGGCUGUUCGCCGAAGUUCAAACGCGAAGGCAGCUUUCCACCGUUCGCUAUCCACCGUCUCAUAACGCGUCUCUCUGGACUCAUCCGGCGUGAAACAAAGAUCAUGAGGCUACCUGCACUCUAUCCAAAGUCGGCCACCAUGACCCUCUUGGAAACACUGUCGAUGAAGCUCCCUGUCGAUUCAUUGAGGUCAGCUUUACCACAUCUUCUCACCACGUUAUCCACUCUGGUCGACCCCGCUACCACAGUACCGCGCUCCACCGAUCCCGCAUUUAAUGAAACAUACAAGGCCCUCAUUGAUAAAGCUCGAGAGAUCAUGAGCAUCCUGCAAAAACGACUUGGCACACAGGCCUAUCUUGCUGUUAUCCAAGAUGUACAGAAAACGGUCAAGCAGAGAAGAGAUGAGCGCAGAACCAAGCGGAAGAUUGAAGCCAUCACCAUGCCUGAGAAACAUAGCAAGGAGAAGAGAAGGAGACAUGAGGUAGCGAAGCAGAAGAGGAAGGAAAAGAGUGCUGAGAAUAGAGGGAAGCGGAGGGGAUGGUGA